AUGGCCGAAGAACGCCUCACAGACGAAGCCGUAAGGGAUCCAAUUAAGGAGUGGUUUAUUCCCAUAUUUGGCGAAGAUGAUCACCAGCAACCCGAACCGGAAGCCAAGUCCAAGCAUCCGAUACCGAAGGCGCCGGCCAAAUUUCGCGAGUAUAAACAGGAGAAGAAGUACUUCGAUCCUCGGGUGGUGUCAUUGGGACCUUACCACCACGGUAAGGAUCUUCUCAAGCCAAUGGAGAAGUACAAGAUCACGGCAGCUAAACAAUUCGUCGAUGACUUGAAAGACGAAACUGGAGGGAGGGGAACGAUCUACAAAAAGUUCAUGGAAUUGACAGGGGUGUGGAAAGGGUUCUACGAUGCCGAGAUGGUGCCCAAAAGGAUCAGCGACGAUGCCGAGAUGGUGACCAAAAGGAUCAGCGACCAUGAUUUCGCACGCAUGAUGUUCUUGGAUGGUUGCUUCGUUUUAUAUUUCAUCGAAAACGAGCUCCCAUUCGAUGGAAGAGCAACGAUGUUAGAGAUAAGCAAUAACCUGAUUCCUCUCAUUAUUCGGGACAUGUUCUUGAUCGAAAACCAGCUCCCAUUCGAAGUCCUUGAUGCAUUGAUAAACUUGCGAUGGGGCUCUAUCAGUGAAGGAAAAGAAAAGAUCUUGAAAUUCAUCGAAUGGAAAGUCUUCAUUCCCAUGGGGUUUUUCGGAAUUGAUCACUUUAUUAUGGCUUUUCUUGGUCUACCGAUUGAUCAACCGCUUGAUGAACGACCGUUCCAUGGAUCGCUUCACCUCCUCGACAUUCUCCGGAACAUUUUGCUGGACUUCCCUCCCUCGAAUGGGGCAGAAAAUGACAGCUCCGAACAGCGUAACUUCGGCUCCGUUACGGAACUCAAGGAGAUUGGGAUCAGGUUCGAGAAGAGAUACAUGCAACCUUUGAUGGACAUAAGUUUCGAGGAACACUUAUUGUUCCCACGACUGUUGCUUCCGACAAUGUUCAUCAACGAUACAACCAUAUCUCUGCUGCUGAACUUGACCGCCUUCGAGAUGUGCUCUGACAUUCAUUCCGGCUGUGGUGUUACCUCCUACAUUCGCUUUAUGGAUUCUCUCAUCAACCAUGAGGCAGACGUGAAGGAGCUCCGGUCCAAGGGCAUACUCCACCAUUCCCUCGGCAGUGACGACGAGGUGGCGCGUCUAUUCAACACGUGGCCAGGCGAUGUGAGGAACGAUAUCCAACUGUACAGCGGUAUCAGUACGCAGAUCUUCGAGCACCGUAAUAGGAAAGUGAAGAUAUCCAUAGCUAAAUGGUUGAAAAAAUAUUUCGGGAGCCCAUGGACUGCCAUCUCUUUCGUGGCUGCAGUUCUCCUUCUCGUUUUCACAGCCAUUCAGACGUACUUUGCCGCCUUCUCUUGACGUUAAGGAUGCGUUUUGCCUGUGACCAUUUCUGGAUAUUCUACUUAUUUAGUUAGGAUUUCCAAAACUCUCUGAAAGAAGAGAUGCUCUGUCCCUUUCCUCAACGAUCGAGUGUAUUUUCAUUAUCUUUCCUUCUAUUGUUGCGAUCGUCUGUAUCUACGUUAGUUUCAAAUUAUCGUGUAUUGUAUCUGCAUCCGUAUUUGUGACGUAUUUUGAUGGAAUUUUUAUCCUUCUAUUAUA